UUUUCACGACACGUAGCGUGCUCUCUUCCACCAUGAAUCCCGCCUCUAGCAGCUCUCACUCAAACUCAUUUAGACCUCCCCCAUCCACUCCUCUACAGACACGAUUGCCCCUUCAAUUCGUAAUUAUAGGCGGGGGCAUAUCUGGUCUUGCUUGUGCUAUAGGUCUCAAGCGUGUUGGUCAUAAUGUUCUUGUACUGGAGAGUGAAACAGACAUUUAUCACAAACCUGAAUACUCCGGAGGGAUGAGGAUGCCACCAAAUAUGACGAAGAUUUUCCACCAUUGGGGGUUAGGAGACCGGAUCGAGAAGAUUGGCUCGGUAUCGGAACGUGUCCUCAUGUCGAGACUCGGGGACGGAGAGCCUCUAGGCGCUCACAGAUGGGACGCGGAGAUGUUGCAGGAAGCGGGUGGAGAAUUCACGUUUGUACAUCAUUCUACAUUACGAGAAACACUGUUCGAAAUCGCGACUGAGCUUGGCGCUACUGUGCGGACGCGUUCGGAGGUCCUGUCAGUUGACGCCGAUGAUAGCCUGGUGACGCUUAUUCGUGAUGGCAAACGGGAGACUUGCACGGCGGACGUUAUUAUUGGCGCAGAUGGCGCUCAUGGGAUAUGUCGUCUACAAGUAAGAGGGCUUCUCGACAUUGGCCAACCAACGGGUCUCAUGAUGUUCAGUUCCGUCAUUCCUGGGUCGGCAAUGCAUGCGGACGCAGAUUUGCGGCAGUUUCUUGAGACCGAACUGUCGACGCAGUAUGUGUGGUUCGGAGAUAGUCAUUGUGCUUUGUGUUUCCGAAUAAAUAAGCAGGAUGACUGUGCUUUUUAUUUCUACGCCCCGGAUGAGCAAGCGCGAGAUGUUUGGGGUGACGUUGUUCCAAUAGAAGAUUUUGUGCGGCAUACGGUAUGUGCAGAACCUAGGCUACGAAAACUUGCGAAACUUGCGGCACCGAAACGUAUAAAAGUCGUUGAACGAGCAAACCUGGAAGACUGGGUACAUGAUUCAGGACGAAUGGUCCUCGUCGGAGACGCGGCCCAUCCAUAUCCCCCAGGAGCAAUUCAAACGUGGGCCAUGGCCCUCGAAGAUGCCUCCGUCCUAGCGAAGUUAUUCAGCCAUCUACGCACACACGAUCAGAUCCCAUCGUUUCUAUACGCUUUCCAAGAUCUACGACAAGCUCGGGUCACCAAAAUCCGCCUACUCGACAUGGCAAAUAUACAGUUCAUGACUAUGCCCCCAAGCGAAAUGACCUGUGGACGCGAUGCCGCCAUGCGAGCCAAAUACGACGCUGGCAAGGAUGUACUCGGUGGCGAUGAUGAGGAUGGCAACGUAGCCCAGUGGGAUGAGAAUAGGGAGAUCUUCGGGUACGACGCGGAGGACGAGGCGGACAACUGGUGGGUGGAGUGGGGUUUGUUGAGGGAGCGUGCCAGAGAGGGGAAGAUUGAGAUGGAGGUCGAGCUGAGUAUACAAGUUGAGUCGCUGUUGCAACAAUAGAUUCCGUUGCUCUCAGUUCGACUUCGUAGCCUCUCCCUCCCUACUGCAUGUUGUAUUUGUUCCAUCACUAUACUAUAUUUCAUCUUUG